AUGUUUAAAGCUUUGAUUCUUUCCCUCGCCACUAUUGGCAGUGUUGUCGCCGCCCCUGCCAGCAGUAGCAACCUCGCCCAUUCUGUUUCAGUCAACCAGAAACACAGACGUGACCUCACGUCUCGCGGCUGGUCUGGCGCGAUUCAGGAAGCUGCGGCAGGAACUUGGAACUUCGUUCAAGGAACCGUCGUCAUCCCGACCCUCAACGACUCCAAUAACCCAAAAGGAUCCGCUGAUAUUUGGGUCGGCAUCGACGGCAACAACUGCGGAACCGCCAUUCUGCAGACCGGAAUUGUCGCUUACGGAGACGGCUCGUUCUGGGUCUGGACUGAGUGGUGGCAGUACAACAUGCAGGACUAUGAAACCGACCUGACGGUGUCCGGCGGUGACACGGUUCGCAUGACCGUCCAUGCGACGUCCAGAACUUCUGGAACCACCACCAUCGAGAAUCUGACGACUGGAAAGUCUGUCUCUCAUACCUUUACCAGCGAGACCGCCUAUCCCCUGUGUGAAAGCGAUGCGGAGUGGAUUGUCGAAGACUUCCAGGAAAACAACCAGCCUGUGCCUCUGGUCAACUGGGGUACCAUUUCUUUCACUGAUACCGUUGCCAAGGGUACCAAUGGUCAGGUCUCGGCUGCUGGAUCUGAAAAGAUCAACAUCAAGAUCGGCGACGACAUUGUCACUCAGACUGAUAUUGGCAAUGACGGCAAAGUCUCCGUCACUUAUGUCGGAAACUAA